UUUUGGCACUACACUUGCGUUUUAUAUGGACAGACCUCACUAUACUCAGUAUUACUCACAUCUAGCAAGCGGGUUCUUUCCAGACUUGUAAUAUACAUUACAAUGCAGGAAGAGUAUGCGUGAGGGAAUAGAUAAAACAAAUCUCCGUGUUACAUUUUAACUUUCCCGACUGUUACGUAGCACACGUCACAGUCUAUCACGCGUUAUUUGAUACAGCAGCUCAAAUAAUACAGGUCGAAUGCAGCUGUUUUUGCAGUCUUCUUAUCUCUGGAUGUUUAUUUGCAUUUGACCUUUAGCUAACGGUUUCAAUGCUACAAUGUUCAAUGAUAGGCUUCAAUAGUAAUAUAAGACAAACGCAUGUAUGUUUCAAAAUAAAGCGUGAGUAUGUUCCCGUUGAAAGCCAAAUUGAUGCCGAAGAGGGUUAUUUCCAGCGAGUCAUUUGAUUUCCUGAUGGAUUCAGCCUUUGUCAGUGCUGGAGGAUCUCUCCCUAGUUUAGCUGAACUCGGUUGGUGUCCGUGCCGGUCUUACAUUCGUCUACUACUCGGAAAGCACUGCUCCACAGCAGCGGGAUCCUCGUUUACCAAAGUGAAAACAUUUUAUCAUGAUUUGUUUUGGUCCAUACGGUUUGUGCUGCCGAUCCUAAUUUUUAUGGAGUUUUUCAUUGAUUUCGGCGACUGGUUAAUGCAUGACGAAAACCUGACCGGCCUUUCGUCCCGCCAUGUUCGGGGUGAACAAAGUUAUAUUAUUACCGUGUUUGCGUACCUGCGCAGCCAGUUUACCUGUUUUGUGGCCUUGAACUCCACACUGAUCUUUAUUAAACGCGCUCCGAAGUUUGUUCGCUGCAUGGAUGCCUUGGUAGAGUUGCGCAGGGCGGUGGUCGAUGCGAAAUACCGAAGUGCCACUAGAUCCACAUUCCGGUUAAAAUGCGCGUAUGCUGCAAUUGGAUAUGUGUGCCUUUGCAGUCUAUUGCGAUUAAUUUAUUACCUGUACUCGACGUACGAGGACCGAGCCAGUUUCUGGAAUCCUACCAAAUAUUUUCUGUUUAUGCUCCCGGAAGGAGUGGUCAUGCUGAUGAUCCAGAUAACCGUGAUUAUCAGUGAGCUAUCGCUGAUACCGCUGUAUUUCUUUUUUGUUGCCGUUUGUACAGUCUACACACAAUGCUGUAAGGCAUAUAAUAUUCAUCUACACGAAAUUAUCCAGACAAAAAUUGUAAAUUAUCCAUCAAAAGGGGAAACCUUUGAUUUUGAUGCUACUUUCCAAGAACUUAUGAAGAAAGAAAUUCUCUUUAUUGACGUCUUAAAAGAACUGGACCGGGCUUUUUCGAUAUUCCUGGCUUCUUUGUUACUGGGUAAUUCUGCUAUGCUGGCGUCAGUGAUUGCACAAGGGUUUAUGCGAGCAGUUUUUGCCACGCCUCUGGAUGCCGCGUUGUUUUUGGGCUCUUUAAGCAAUCCUAUAAUUUCCCUGCUAACCCUGAUAACAUUUGCAACAAUUCUACAUGAAACCAGUUUGGAAUCAAAAAGUCUUUGGACAUCUUUGGUUGCAAAUCGACAGUUCUGCAGAGGGAAGAAAUUUGAUUCAGAAGAAGGAGAAAAACUCCUAACGAUUUUGCACAUCACGGAAAGUCGUCCUCACUCACUCAGUGUUAUACGAACUGUCAAUAUGGAGCGCGGAUUCGGGAUAACACUCGUUAUGGGGUUCUUUGGAUUCGUUUGUUUCCUGAUCGAGCGAUCAGAAAACUUCAAAGCUCAGGUGGAUUUGGUGAUGGGAGCACUUAACGCCACAAUGAGCUGAUCAAUCUCCUAAACAGCUGCUGAACGUAACGGAAACCUGUGGCUGCAACACUGGUGUAUGUGUCGCUCCAGAAAAUUUAUUGUUGGACAUACUUAAUACAGUAAUUUAAAACCUGUGCUCAACAAAGAUCUGAUACAGAUGCUGUGAAAAUUCUAUCGGUUUGCAUGUGGUACUCGUACUGAUACAUUUGCGUAAGUACAGUUAUGCAGGGGCCUAAUCCUGCCGGCUAACGCGAGCCACCCGGCUGGAAGUGGACACUCAAUCUGGAAAUUAACCUUGAUACAGAUUCAUGCAAGAGGACGAAUUUAAAUAAGAUGAUUAUCUUUUCAUAAAAAGCAUACUUAAUCUUUAAGGACUUUUUUCGCCACCCUGUUCUUGGAGUGGACGAACUGGAGUGGACGAACAUAACUACGAUCAACUGUUGCCAGAAAGGUCACUUCUCCAAAGCGACAUUAAUAUCAAUGCGGUUGUGUAAUGUGUUACGGCAGAAUGUUUGUCUGUUUUCUGGAACACAUGCAGUCGCAUGCAUGUACAAAUAAGCGUGCGCUUUGAAUGGGUCAAAUCCAUCUGAAUUUCAAGUAUUGUGACAAAGACACAAACAAACGUUUAGCAGCUUUUGUCAUUUAAUUCUGACCAUGUUUACGCUCAUAUUAGUCAUAUAAUUAUAUGAUAUUGUGUACUUGCAUGCUUUAUGUAAUGUACUCGGUGUUUU